AUGCAGUCUCUUGCCCAGGAAAUAAAGACAUUUUCCAAGACCAAUUUGAGAAAGCAAUGCACCCGUGUGACAACAUUGAGUGGCAGGAGGAUUAUUGAGACAUGGAAAGGGUCGACUAUUCAUGUUGUAGAGGAUAAAACUCAGCCUGAGACAGCAUGCGGCUACGUACAGGACAACAGCUGGGACUUACAAGUUGGAGUUAUUAAACCUUAUUUAAUAUUAGGUGAGUGAAUGAGAUGUGUGUUAUUGACAGGGGACACUUAGCUGUCAUAAUACAAUUGACAGGUGCCUACACAGACACACAGAGGUAUCACUAGAAUAUAUGGGGGUUUUAAGUUUGUUGCCGCUGUGACUCUGAGUCCACUGGAUUAUUGCAUGUAAACAAAUUUAAUUUUCCCUACAGACAGUUUAAACUCAUGCUUUUGCAAGAAAAAAACUUUUACAGUAUCAUUACUGUAGUAAAUCAUUAUAAACAUAUCUGACAAUUCCCUAGGCUCAGUUAUAUUUACAUUUAACAAUUCCUCACAGGCUCACAAUUUGAUGAUUGUUUAUUAUUGUUGUAGGCUCACAAGAUGCUGCACAUGACUUUGGCAUUUUGAGAAAAUAUAAGGUAUUGUUUUAUGUUAUAGAGACACAUUUUAUACUUAACACCUUUCUGUCUACUUCUGAUUUGUUUUGGCGUUUCAUAAAUGUUCUUCUUCCAUUUCAGGUGUCCCACAUAUUGAAUGUAGCCUAUGGUGUUGAAAACGCCUUUCCAGACCUGUUCAUUUAUAAAACCCUGAGCAUUCUGGAUGUGCCUAAUACUGACAUAACAUCCUAUUUCCAAGAGUGCUCAAAAUUCAUAGACCAAGCAAAUACAGAGGUAAGUUGUGAAUGUUUUCACAACCUUGUAGGCUAAUGUAGGGUAAUUGGGGGCUUUUCUUCUUUUCAUAUUUUAUUUUUAUGCUUUAAUACCGUGUCUUUCACUGCAUUCAUCUUACCUGACAGUAUAAACAUUCCUAAGCAUCAUGAAUGGUGACACAAGGCUUUUCCACUUGAUAACUUGUAUUAUUGAUAAGCACUCUACUGUGUACAGCACAUAGGUAAAAUGACUUUACUUUACAUUAAGCUACUUUGUUUAACUUUACUUUAGUAAUUUCCUUGAGUGUUGAUGUUUAUUACCUGUCCUAUAUCUGAUACUGGACAGCAGUGAGCCAAUGAAAGCCUCCCUCACUACCUCUAGGUAUCCACACUGUGUAGUGAAUAAUACAUGGCAGAUUUUUCACUAUGCAUAAUUUAUCCUGUUGUAGAAAGAUCAUAUAUCUAGAGGCCCUUUGUUUGCUAUACAACCUUUUAGCAAAUUGCUGUGCUGGUCACCCAACAACCUGACACUGCCACAUGUUGGAAAUUCACCAAAGGCUUAUGAUUACAAUGACCUAGUGGAAAAAAGUUUAUACUCUCCGUUGAAUGGAGGUUAGUGGCUAGUGGCUCUUUUAUUUCCCUAUGUAACAUGUGAUACCAUGCAGGGGUAACUCCAACUUGGCUAAUCAAACCAUCAAUGAUGCUUAGCUGACUGGGAGAAUCAUUCUAUCACCUUACAGCUUGUAAUUGUGCCAUUGUGCGUGAUUAGCAUAAUAAUAUUUUAUUAGAUUACCAUGAAGUGCAGGAGGAUGUAAUUGAUCUUGUGUUACUGGGUCUGUGUGAAUUGAAGACAUGGGAUUAAUAUUUAAAGCAGCCAAGCACCUCAUAUCUCAUGCAUUUGAACUGGAUAGCACUAAACUGACAUAAGGCUUUAUAAAAAAUAUAAUAAAAAUUCCUUACCCCAGGACACUUCAAAAGGUUUCCUGGGAUAAAGAAUGCUUUUUGUGGGGAUUAUUAAGUCCCUCAGUUGAGCUAUUAAUUCCCUUUUUUCUUCAAACUGGGAUGAAGUGCAUUUGGGUACGCCUUCAUUCUACUGACAUAAGGCUUGUUUCCCUCUUCUUCCCCCUCAGAAAGGAGUUGUGUUGGUUCACUGCAAUUCCGGAGCCUCAAGGUCUGCCUCGGUUGUCAUUGGAUACCUGAUGUCCAGGGAAGGGAAGCCUUUUGAUGAUGCAUUUGCCUUGGUGAAAUCAGCCCGGCCAGCCACAUGCCCAAACCCAGGCUUUGUCGAACAGUUGAAAGGUUUCAAACCUAAAUGGGGCAUACAAGCCAAUGGUGUGGGCUAUGAAUGA